ACCGACAGUGCAUAUAUGGGCUCAGAGAGCACCUACAGCGAGUGCGAGACCUUCACGGACGAGGACACCAGCACGCUGGUCCAUCAUGAGAUGCACGACGAAGUUGAAACGGACAGCGCCGUCGAUUCCACGGUGCAUUCGGAAUUCAUGGAGUCGGAGGAAACGGAGAAUGGAUCUCACCCUCAUGACUUGUCCUUGACCACCGAUGUCAACAGCCACUCGAUUGUCACCGUAAUCAGCGGAGAGGAGCAUUUUGAGGACUACGGAGAAGGGAAUGAGGGGGACUUCUCCUCGGACAGCUUGUGCAAUGGAGAAAGUGGCUUCAGUAGCUCCUCUUUCCUUUCUCCUAGCACCAACCCGCUUGCCACAAAACUGCACAGCAUUUUCACUGACAAGGUGUUUGAGUUUUACUGCACCCAGUGCCACAAACAAAUCAAUCGCCUCGAAGAUCUUUCCGCCCGCCUCAGUGAUCUUGAAAUGAAUAGCCCGAAUAAGAGACUCUCCAGCAAAAAGGUAGCAAGACACCUGCAUCAGACAGGAACCUUCUUGGUGGAUAAUAUGGAACCACCUUUCCGGAAAAGCUCGGAGUGCCUGGAAGAGGAUAUCACUGAUAAGGUGAUCUUCUUGGAGAAAAGAGUGACGGAGUUGGAAAAGGACACAGCUGCAAACGGGGAGCAGCAGAGCCGGUUAAAGCAAGAAAAUCUUCAGCUGGUGCACAGAGCGAAUGCCUUGGAAGAGCAGCUGAAAGAGCAGGAGGUGAAAUCCGAUGAAGUUCUUAUGGAAGAAAUCAGGAAACAGAGGGAUCUGCUCAGCAGGAUGGAGCGAGAAAAGAGCAUUGAAAUUGAAAACCUACAAGCCCGGUUGCAUCAACUGGACGAUGAAAACGGAGAACUUCGGUCCUGCGUCCCUUGCCUCAAAGCCAACAUUGAGAGGCUGGAGGAGGAGAAGCAGAAGUUGUUGGAUGAAAUUGAGGAUCUCACAGUUCAGCUCACUGAAGAGCAGGAGAACAAGAGGAAGCUCGGGGAAAAGUUGAACCACGAGAGACACCAGUUUCAGAAAGAUAAGGAGUCCACGCAGGAGCUGAUUGAGGACCUCAGGAAGCAGCUGGAACACCUGCAGCUCUUCAAGCUAGAAGCUGAACAGCGAAGGGGCAGGAGCAGCAGCAUUGGCCUCCAGGAAUACAACAGCCGGACACGAGAGAAUGAGCUGGAACAGGAGAUCAGGAGGCUCAAGCAGGACAACCGAAUCCUGAAGGAGCAGAACGACGAACUGAAUGGGCAGAUCAUAAACCUCAGCAUUCAAGGUGCCAAGAAUCUCUUCUCGGCUUCCUUCUCGGAAUCUCUGGCUGCGGAAAUCAGCUCGGUCUCCAGAGACGAGCUAAUGGAGGCAAUCCAGAAGCAAGAGGAGAUCAACUUCCGACUCCAAGACUACAUUGACCGAAUCAUUGUGGCCAUCAUGGAAACCAACCCAUCCAUCCUGGAAGUCAAGUAGGAGACUUAGAGUUGAGAACCUACAGACCCAGCGACACGUGGGCGCGGUGGAUUUGCUGCUUGGAAGAAGAGAGUACUGGCCAAGUCUUUACUCUAUGGAGAAGGCACAGGAAACCUCACCUUGAGUGGUUGGGUGACCGAUCGCAGUGAACUUGGGGUGGAGAAGGGAGAGGAAGAGAGGACCAGCCACUGAGCGUGGCUGUGCUGAUUCUCAUGGGUUUGGGAACCCUCUGGCUUGUGGGAAUGGGGCUAGGGGUGGCAGAAGGGAAUCUGGAAGAAGGAAAGUGAGUCACAGAACAACUUGGGAAAGGGGUGGGGGUGAACAGACACCUGCCCUCUGUUGCAGGACCUGGGCUGCCACUUGAAAUAGUCUUCUUGGAAACUUGUCCGGUCCGCAGGCAACCGAUACAGGCUUGUGCUGCGGGGAAGGGAGCCGGAUCCCUCAGCACCUGGAAGUUGUAGCACAGCAGUAAAAGGAAGAUACUCCCAGAUCCCUCCCUGGAGCUGCCUUCCCCGUCUCCCUGUUUAAUCAUCAGUCCCUGAUCCUUAGCCCUCUGGUCACCCUCCCUGUUCGAAGCCAUCUGUGUUCUUUGGUCUGGCCAGUGGAGAGGAGGGCUGCCUCGACCUCCUGCCCGGUGCCGUGUCUUUUGCGCCGUUCUGCACGAGGUGCUGUGUGUUUUGGAGCCCCUGUUCUUGGGCCAGCUGCCUUAAAAUGGACAGGGAGCAGGUGCUUCGGGGAGGUGAGCAAUUCCGCAGGGAGGGUGUUCCGGUGGGCUGAUUUAAGAGAAGAGGAGGAGGGAACGAAGCCUGGAUGACUUCUGGAUGAUUUGGUGGUGGCAGCCCUGGUGAUGGAGCUGGUUGUCGGGGCCAGCUGGCGAUGGCUGUGCUGGGGGAGGAAGGGGCUCAGCUGAUGAUACUGAAUGUGGAAGCAGAGCUGGCCGUUUAUCGUUUCUUUGCCCACAUGUAGCUGCACCCGGUUCCUUCCAUGCUUCAUUUCACACCCUUUUUCAUUUGGUUUUUCAUUAGCUAAACCACUUUAAGGCAAGAAUGGCAACUGAUCUGUCUGUUAAAUAAUAAAAACUGGGAAGGAAGGAGGGGAAGAGGAGACCUUACAGAUUGAAAGAACUGAGUUGUUUGUCUGUUGGCACCAACACAUCACAUUGCUUAAAGGACCUGUUCAGCUACUAAGACAUUGAAGUAUUCGUUUAACUUUGCCUCUGUACUGUUGGGAGGUGAUGAAACAGAUAUUGCACAAAACUCUUCUGCUCUUCUCCCUUCUCUUCAGGUGAAAAUAGAUUUGUAUAUCUGUGGGAGUCUGAUAAACAAGCAACUGGGGAAAAGUCAACUUUCCCUCUGACAUAAAUUUUAUGGGAAAGGAUGAAUUUUGCCCGUGCCUAAACAGUAUGCUAUUUCCCCUGAAAAAGAACGUUUUUCAGUGUGUUUUAAAUCUGCCCCUUGAAAUGUGUUUUAAAAGAGGCUUGCUUCGUGGGUUUUUUUUUUUUUUUUUAUGUCACUGUUGGGAAUUCGAAAGGGGCAUCUUACACCUGUCAUGAGUGGAUCCCGCUUCUCUAUUGCUGUAUUUUAGAGAGCGCAUUCAGGAGCCCAAGGAGGGUGAGAUUGUGCAUUUCUAUCAAUGCCUUCUCUUGAUGUCUCCACCACUUCCACCUGUCUAAAGCACACAUAGAGCAACUGUGCAACCUGGAUGCACAAGGUGUGGAGCAACUAGCCUCGUGUCUGUGUGACCCAUGUAUGCAGAUAAUUUUCUUGGGGGGCAAGCGUUAGUGCUGAGAGCUGCGAUGUGCUAUUUCACUUGCUUCUUUGGAAUCACCAAGCCUUUUUGUUCUUGGUUCCCUUCAUGUAUGGUGAAAGUCACAAAAUGCUAGUUUGAAAAUGCCCCAGGGGAAAUAGCUCCAGUCCAGGAUCACUGGUUUUGCUCUCUCAUGCUUGACCCAUCUGUUGGGCCACUGGAAUAAUUUGCAGUACCUUGACCAGGACAUUGGAAUUAAAAAAAAAUCAGAUUCCUAUAUCGAUGGUUUCCAACUGGCUUGAACCUGGAGGCGAAAUGGUCAGAGAUGCGCAGAAGCUGCUGUUCCACUACAGAGUGGUUCUCAAACCCCAAGCCUUCUUAGAUAUUUACUAAUACCCUGUAUUUCCCCCUACCCCCAAAAAGAGUCUGCAGGAAGAAUCCACAUACUGUACAUUUGCAGAAGAAACUUGGGUGUAAAUCAGUGUAUACUUGGAGAGAGAAAGAUUUUUUUUCUUUUUCUACCUUGUAGAGUUAGGUAUUUUUUAUAGAAUGGAGGCUGAUCAAUUUUUUAAUACUUCAGAGAGCAAUGUAUCUGUGUAAACACACAAAUCUAUAUAUAUAUGUAUGUAUGUAUGUAUAAUGUACAAAUCUAUAAAUAAUCAGAUUGCCUUUCUUGACUUGGGCUCACCUGUCCGUAAUAUUAACCCCAGGCUCCUCCUGGCCUCCUGGUUGAUCACAACACGGUACUGUAAUGUAAAUACUCACAGGAGGAGGGCCACAACAGACCCACCAACAAUAGUGAAGCUCACACGGUUUUAAUUUCCCAAGGAAAAUCGUUCUCCCCAGCGGGUAUGUGAAGGAAUUUCCAAACAGAGGCAGACAGUAUCGUCUUAAUGGGUGUACUGACUCUUGUCUAAUUAAAAGCUGUUGCUGUCUCUGGCUGGAGAA